UGCGCGCGCCGCCCGUGCCGGGGCGGUUCCCGUUCCCGUUCCGUGCCCGUUCCCGUUCCCGUCUCCGCUCCCGUUCCCGUUCCGCUCUCGGCUCCGGUUCCGGCGGCGGGGCGGCCCGCGGCCAUGCCAUGUCCGCGCUGAGCUGGAAACCCUUCGUGUACGGCGGGCUCGCCUCCAUCGUGGCCGAGUUCGGCACCUUCCCCGUGGACCUGACCAAGACGCGGCUGCAGGUGCAGGGGCAGAGCGCCGACGCGCGGUUCCGCGAGGUGCGCUACCGGGGCAUGUUCCACGCCCUGUUCCGCAUCUGCCGCGAGGAGGGCGGCCGCGCCCUACUCGGGGAUCGCCCCAGCGCUGCUGAGACAGGCGUCCUACGGCACCAUCAAGAUCGGCAUUUACCAGAGCCUGAAGCGGCUGUUCGUGGAUCGCCUGGAAGGCCUGGGGCAGCCAGUGGCCUGGUCUCCGCUGGAAAGUGCGGUGAUGAAACGUUGUUAAUCAAUGUAAUCUGUGGAGUGGUUUCAGGGGUGAUCUCCUCUGCGCUUGCCAAUCCAACAGAUGUGCUGAAGAUUCGAAUGCAGGCUCAAGGCAGUUUAUUCCAGGGUGGCAUGAUUGGCAGCUUCAUCGAUAUCUACCAGCAGGAGGGUACCCGAGGCCUCUGGAGGGGUGUCGUCCCAACAGCCCAGAGAGCUGCCAUCGUGGUUGGGGUGGAACUGCCAGUCUAUGACAUUACCAAGAAGCACUUAAUUCUAUCAGGCCUGAUGGGCGAUACAAUCUUUGCCCACUUUGUUUCCAGUUUUACGUGUGGGCUGGCUGGGGCCAUUGCUUCCAACCCUGUGGACGUGGUGCGGACACGGAUGAUGAACCAGCGAGCAAUUGUGGGCAGCGUGGAGCUCUAUAAGGGCACUCUGGACGGUCUCGUGAAGACAUGGAAGAGCGAGGGAUUCUUUGCACUCUAUAAAGGCUUCUGGCCAAACUGGCUUCGGCUCGGUCCCUGGAACAUCAUUUUUUUUAUCACAUAUGAGCAGUUGAAGCGACUUCCGUUCUGAGAGCUGGCUGCAUUCCGUGGGUGUCAUCUUCAAGACUUGCAGCAGUAUUUUGCUGCAGCCUUCCUCUUCAUUUCACCAUCCCCGUCUUUUGAUGUGUUGGUACAUGUGGGUCUGGACUCUCCCCCUCCCCCAAAUGCAUGGUCCCUGGAGCAUGUUCUGGCUGAAGUAUAACUGAGAGGCUGAUUGCAGGUACUGCAUGUUGUUUUUUUUCACACAGAAGCAAGUAUUAACUGUGUACAAGUGUCUGGGCCUGAAGCAAUAUCUUCUGUGAAGAUCUGUGCAUUCCAGUGGCCUUUUGAUGCAGCUGUGGUUAGUUGUUUGGCUCAUGUGCAUUGUUCUGCCGUGCCUGUGGGGUGAGGCUGGAGGCUGGAAAAGGGGUGCUGUCAUGUUUUCUUGCGGAUCUGUAACCUCAUUAAAUUAUUUAUUGACUGGA